AUGUCUCCUGACAGACUUGAACAUCUUUUGUCAUUAAUUGGAUCUUCAUUAACAAAAAAGUAUUGUUCCAGUAGAGAUUCUAUAUGUCCGUCGCAAAGAUUAAUUAUAACAAUUCGAUACCUUGCUAGAGGAGAAUCACAACAAACUCAGUCAUUUUAUUUUCGAGUUGGCAGAGCUACAGUUUGCCAUAUAAUCGAAGAAACUUGUUGUGCAAUAUGGAAAGUUCUCAAAAAAGUCUUUCUACGAGCCCCAAAUGACGUAAAAGAAUGGAAAAAUAUUAUUAAAGAGUUUGAUCAAAAUUGGAACUUUCCACAAUGUAUAGGAGCUAUUGAUGGAAAGCAUGUACGCAUUGAAGCACCUGCAAAAUCUGGAUCUUUUUUUUAUAACUACAAAGGGUUUUACAGCAUGGUUUUAUUAGAAAUUUGUGAUGCUAAAUAUUGUUUCACAAUGGUUGACAUUGGGGCUUAUGGAAAGGAUAAUGAUGCUUCCAUUUUAAAUGCGAGCAUUUUGAAUUUGAUCCUAAAGUUCCACCGGUCCUUGUUGAAGAUGACAUAUUUGCACUUAAACCAUGGUUAA